UUCCUAAGAGUGGCAAUUUCUCCUACUCUACCAUUUGGAAGGAUGUUUUCUUACAACAGUAGCAUUUUCCACCCAACCACAUUUUUCCUCAUUGGAAUCCCAGGCCUGGAAGAGGUCCAUGUCUGGAUCUCCCUGCCAUUUUGCACUGUUUACCUUAUGGCUUUGUUGGGCAAUGCCACCAUUCUCCUGGUAAUAAAGACAGAGCAGACGGUCUGGGAGCCCAUGUUCUAUUUUCUGGCCAUUCUUUCAACAAUUGAUUUAGCACUUUCUACAACCUCUGUGCCCCGCAUGCUGGGCAUCUUCUGGUUUGAUGCUCAUGAGAUUAACUUUGGAGACUGUGUGGCCCAGAUGUUUCUGAUCCAUGCCUUCACUGGCAUGGAAGCUGAGGUCCUGAUGGCCAUGGCCUUUGACCGUUAUGUAGCCAUCUGUGCUCCACUCCACUACAGGACCAUCUUGACAGUCCGUGUUCUGGUGGGUGUCACUGUAUGGAUUGUAUUUCGUCCAAUUUUAUUUACACUUCCCAUUGUCUAUCUCAUCUACCGCCUACCCUUUUGUCAGGCUCGUAUAAUAACCCAUUCCUACUGUGAGCACAUGGGCAUUGCAAAAUUGUCUUGUGGAAACAUCCAAGUCAACGGUAUCUAUGGGCUCUUUGUGGUCUCCCUCUUUCUUCUGAACCUAGUCCUUAUUGGCAUCUCCUAUAUUUACAUUCUCCGUGCCGUCUUCUGCCUCCCAUCCCAGGAUGCACGGAUAAAAGCCCUAAGUACUUGUGGCUCCCAUGUUGGGGUUCUCUGUGUUUUCUAUAUCCCUUCAGUCUUCUCUUUUCUUACUCACCGAUUUGGACAAAACAUACCGCGCUAUGUUCAUAUUCUUAUUGCCAACCUCUAUGUGGUUAUCCCACCCUCACUUAACCCCAUCAUUUAUGGUGUGAGGACCAAAGAGAUAAGAGAGAGAGUGCUCCGUGUCUUUAUUACAAAAUAA